UUCGAAUGAGUUAUAUUGACAGAGUAUCGCGUUAGAAUCAGAACGGGUCAGUUGAUAUUGAGAAUGCUCCGUGUUGUCGUGUUAUUGUGCGCCGCAGCCGCAGCGGUGACUGCGCAAACCACCACCGUCACACAAUGUACCCGCAACCCAGGCGAGUUGCCGGUGAACGCGCACGUGGAGGGAUGCCUGACACCGCCCUGCCUGCUGCCGCAGCUGCAAGACGCCGUCAUCAACGUCGUCUUCCGAGCCCCGCGCGUGCUGCGUUCUAUGACUACGAAGGCGACAGCGCUGCUGCAGUUGGGCGCCAUCACUCUGCCUGUGGAGUACAACCUGGCGGAGAACGCGGACACGUGCCGCUUCCUUACCAACACCUACUGCCCUCUGUUGGCCGGCGAGCUCGUCUCCUAUACACUGCGCAUGUACAUCGAGCCCUUCUUCCCGGUCGGCACGGCGCUGAACAUCGAGUUCCGUGUGGUGGACGAUUCGGAUGGACCGGUAUGGUGCAUCCGCUUGCCCAUACAGAUCGUGGCGCCUGUUGCCGCUCGCAGCGCACCUGCUACUGCACCGGCCACGUCUAACUCCACAAUCUCCAUACAUAAUAAUUAAAUAACAAUAAUGUUUUAUAA